GUGGCUUCCCUGGUGGAGCUUCAGUAUUUACAACAAUAUUGUCUGAAGCCUACCCCGACGCUGCUGUCCAUCACAGACAGACAGGGACUCAAACCGUCGGUGGGACAGCUUUCUCGUCUCUCUCCGCUGUACGAUGGCUGUCGCUUCCUGUUAGGACAUCUUUUGUGCAUUUUGGAGAUAUUUCCUAUAAUGUUGGCGACUGAUAUCCGUCUACCUUGUGCACUGCAGUGGUGCGCAGCUUCGCCCGGAGAAACACCUGUGCGCCUCUCCUCUCCACUGGCCACAGUCAUGAAUGUUGAGUAGAGAACAGAUUUACCUAAGGCGCGGUGUCUGUCUGCAUUUGUCUGAGAGAACCAGAGAGGGAGCAGCACAAAUACCGCACAGCCAGACACCAUGCAAGGAGAAACCUUCCCUCGUUGCACAGUGCUGAAAUGUUAGGACUGAAGAGCGAGUGUGUCAGAUCGAAUCAGCAGACUGUUUACCAUAGGGGGGGCGAUAAGAGCUGCUUGACACUAGACUCACUAACGCCCUGUGUGUGGUUUAAGGCCCCUUUCAAUCAAGAGAAGACGUGCUAACUGAUCUUUUAUCAGCACUUUUCCCCCCACCGUCAGAUUCAGCAAUCCAGAAGCGAGCCGAGAUGGAGUGGUCGUUAGAGAAUGUGAGGGAGAUGGUGGCUGGAGGGAUGCAGUCUAUAAGGGAAUGCGAGAUCUGUGCUUUUGCCAUAGCCAUGUGUGUGCUGCUGCUGUUUAUGUGGUAUUGUUACAGGGUGGGCAGGGAGCAUGGCUCCAGCCCUCUGCGUGGGAGGUAUCUGGCUGGGCCCAGCCGGAUUGGAGGGGUGGUGGGAGGCUUUAUGAGUUCAGACUGCCGUGGCAGGGGGAAAGGGAAGCAUGGUUCAAUGCUAGAAGAGCAGAACGGCUUCGCUUUCUGCCAGUCAUCAGAAUGCUUCCGAUGCACCAGCGCCGGAGAGAGUUUGAACCAGAGGCUCUAUCACAGCCUGCAGGAUUACGCCAAGCGCUACACCUGGUCAGGUAUGGGCAGGGUGCAUAAAGGAGUCCGCGAUCAAGGCCGAUACCUCAACAGCCGACCGACCAUCCAAAGGCCAGAGGUCUUCUUCCUCCCAGACCUACCGUCAGCCCCUUUCUUCUCCAGAGAAGUACAGAGACACGACGUGGAGCUGCUGGAGCAGAGCUUCCCCGCCCUUCUGGCUGAGUUUGAGAGCAUCUACCACCAACCUCCGGCCCGCAGCGGCUCCUCACUGCCACCAGGGUGGAAAGCCAACAACACUCCUCGGGGGCAGUGGUGGACCUACUACCUGGUUAACCAAGGCACCCCAUUGGUUCUUAAUGUCAGGAGGUGUCCACGGGCCUGGAGGGUGCUGGGUCAGCUGCGCACCUUCAUCGCCAACAAUGUGUUCGGAAACGCCUGCUUCUCUGUGUUGACGCCCGGAGCUCUGAUCACUGAGCAUUAUGGUCCAACAAAUGUCAGGCUGCGCUGCCACCUGGGUCUCAGAGUGCCCCCCUCCUGUGAGCUUGUUGUUGGUGGAGAGCCACAGUGCUGGUCUGAGGGCAGCUGUCUGCUUUUUGAUGACUCCUUCCUCCACAGGGCCUUCCACGAGGGCGGCGCAGAGGACGGCCCCAGGGUGGUCUUCAUGGUGGACCUCUGGCAUCCCAACGUGGCCGCUGCUGAGAGACAAGCCUUGGACUACAUUUUUACUCCAGGCCGCUUAGAGGACAAGGAGGGGAAAUAGGUGUGAGUGAGAAACCAUGUCUGACCAAGAGACAGAUGGCGUUUAGGGAAGUGUCUGUAGGAUUGGGGAGCGACUCUUUUUCUGCCUCCAGACCAGCUCUCACAUUCACUGUGUACAUAUUCUCUGUCUCAUACAGUAUCUCUCAUAACCCCUCUUAGCAGAUGACCAAACAUUGGGCCUCUUUUAUCAAUCAUGUUCAUGUUUCUGCCUGCGUAGUUGUAUUAACACACUUGAAAGUACCUACUUGGUUUUUGAGUAGGAGCACGAUUGUUCAUUCAGCCGUUUAGUAACGCCAUGACAGGGACAUUUUAGAUUAUUUGUUAUUUUAAAUCAUUGAAUGUCAAUGCAUUUGCAUAUUGAUGAAUGAUGUUCCUGAACAGUGACAAAAUAUGCCCAGCAAGAAGUUCCCGUCAAAUGUAUCUUUUGACAUUUCCAUUUCCCUCUAAAUUUGUGCCGGUUUUGGAGCAACAUGAUCUAUCUAAGAUUCUUUGUACAGCAUCAUAUUAGCUUUAUUUUGGUGGGUGCUUGAAACAGUUCAACGGUGGAAAGAAAAGUACAUUACAGAUAUGAUGAACGGCUCUUAGCGAGCCAAUCAACAAUGUGUCACCUUCUUGUUGUCCAUAGGUCAACCUGUUCUAUUAUCUAUACAUGACCUGGAGUCACUGAGUUUGCUAGGCCCUAAACUUUUCCCAAAACCUUUUGUGUAAAGUACAGCUGGUAUCACUUUACGCUAACUGUGACACAUAAAUUUACCGUGACACCUACAUACAUGUCAGCAAGGGCUAAGAAAUGUGAUUAUUCAACUUUUUUUAUAUUACUCAACACAUCCAGUCACACUUGAGAUGAAUUUUGAUUCCAAAUGAAACACGAUUGUCAGUGAGUUUGCACCUUUUUUUUUCUCAUUUCAAAAACACCCACUUUCGAAUGUGGGACACACUUUUGACUGUUUGAAUUUUCAUGAAUGAGUGGAAAAUCUCUUGCUUGCAGAACGGUGACACAUUUUCCAGUGAUUGUAGUGCUUACUUAUAUGAAAUCACAGCUAUAGUGAGGCUAAAGCCAGGGCGGUGGUUCUCAACCUUUUUCAUGUCAAGCAGUGCCUGACCUAGCACAUUAGGCACCCUCGGCAAGCUUCUCCUGGCGAUUUCUUCAGUUGUCAGCUACAGUUGAGGUGAUAACUGUGGUGGAAGUGAAACCAUUCUUGUGAUUCUUACACAUACUGGGCUCAUUUCUAUAUUGAAUUAAGUCGAAAAAGAAACUGUUCCCCUAUUUUUGUUGGGGACCCCCUGGAACUCCCUCAAGCAUCACUCGGGGUCCCCGGGCCCCUGGUUGAGAGCUACUGAGCUACGGGAUCAUUGCUACAGUGCUGGAUGAUUUUAGGCUGGUCAAACCUUUGUCAUAAACACAUCAAACCAGAUAAUGAAAAUGCCUAGUUGUCUAGUUGUGGCUUUAUAAAUACCAAAUAACGAUAGAUAAAUAAAUAAAUGCAGUGUCAUUCUGUAAAUGUCACUUUUAGCUAAGUUAUUUACAGGAUGCACAAAUAGGGCUUUAUGACUAGACAGGCAAUCGUUAAUAGAUAUCUAAACUGAAUGAACUGCAGAAAGUGCUUUUUCAGCGUGAUAACAUUAACUAGAGAAAUGACUGAUUGUUAUCUACAUGUGUUUUGAUAGAUGUAUGAUAACUGAGGUCCAAUGUUGAUCAUGACAUGAAUGUUUACAGACGCAGCUAAUGUCUCUGUCCUGACUCCUGCCGGUGUGGUAGUUUAUUGUGCUCCCCUUUGAAAAAAAAAAAAAAACGAUCCUGCUUUCACAAGACAUGGUUAGAUAAGCACAUUUUUAGGUCAAAUCGUGUGAGUCGGCCUGUGCUGUAACACUGAAGAUGAAGCGUUUUUGGUAAAUUUACUAAACUCUUGUAAUUUGGUUGUAUUUGAUAUCAGGUUUGUAUUUCUGUAAAUAGGGUUGAGGUUAAAAAAAAGCAAAACAAAAGUGAAUGGUCUGGGAUGAUUUGAGAUGAGUGUCUUCAACGCUUUAACUAUUGUGUUGUCUUGAUUUGCAGCUACAGCGAUUGCAUCUCGUUUUCCUUUCUCAACAAGGCCAACCAUGAAAUCAUUUUGAUAGAUUCAAUUUGUAGAUUCUGUAAAAUGUUUAUGAAGUACUAUCUUUGUUGUUCUGUGACGUAUUUAUUUUGAAUCACUGUAACUUUUGCCGUACCAUAUGGCUUCCAUUACGAAAGCCACAAUCCCUAACUCUUCGACAGCACUUCAUGGAUAUAUGUGCACAAAAGGUAGUGACAAUUAAUCUUCAGCAGCUUUACAGGUCCAUCGCAAUUCAAGAUACCCAUCUAUUCUAUUGUAAUGUUUACAGAAUGAUUUACAAGCUGUUUACAACAUCUGACAACACCGACACUCACAUUGAGCUGUCCAUGAUUAGGUUUAAAAUCAAGAGUGCUGUUAAUCCACUUAUGAAAACUAUCAUUCCCGAAGCAUUUGCUUUACAUAUACAGUAUAUGAUGGGGCAACCAUUUUGUUUACAUUAGGAUUAAGGAUUUGUCCUUUAACACAUUCUUGUGUGGAUUUUGAACAGUAUUUCUGUACAUUUAAUAAAUGGUCGAGUAUCUUAUUUAA